CUUAUUUGGACCAGUGUAGACAGAAGCCAGCACGGCUCACUUGUUUCCUGGGACGGUUGAGUUAGGGGAUGGCUUUCACAGAGCGCGCACCGCUGCCCCCUCACCGCCGGGACCUCUGCAGCCGCUCUAUCUGGCUCGCAAGGAAGAUCCGUUCAGACCUGACUGCUCUCAUGGAAUCUUAUGUCAACCAUCAGGGCCUGAACAAGAAUGUCAACCUGGACUCUGUGGAUGGAGUGCCAGUAGCAAGCACUGAUCAGUGGACCGAGCUGACCGAGGCAGAGCGGCUCCAGGAGAACCUCCAAGCUUACCGCGCCUUCCACGUUCUGUUGACCAAGCUGUUGGAAGACCAGCGGGUGCACUUCACCCCAGCUGAAGGUGACUUCCAUCAGGCGAUCCAUGCCCUUGUCCUCCAGGUUGCUGCCUUUGCUUACCAGCUGGAGGAGCUGAUGGUGCUUCUGGAACAUAGGGUUCCCCCCGCUGAGGCCAGCAGCGUGCCUGCUGCUGUGGGAGACAGUGGUCUCUUUGAGAAGAAGCUGUGGGGUCUAAAGGUGCUGCAGGAGCUUUCACACUGGACAGUGAGGUCCAUCCAUGACCUGCGUGUCAUUUCUUCUCAUCAGACUGGGAUCCCAGCACAUGGGAGCUAA